CCGGUUGCUAGGCAAGCAUUACUCGACUUCUGCGAUUCUUUCCGGCGGGGUAACUCGAGAUACACAAUUCCUUGUCUCUCUGAUCAUGCUGUAAUCUUUUUUUUUUUUCCUUUGGUCCCUCUCUCAACAUUCUGCAGUUGCUUGACCCCAACUUCACACCAUGGCUGCCGCAAAGCCUCGCCCAUAUCGGCGCAUAUUGACGUCCGCGCUGCAUCGAAGAUUCGUCCAUGCCUCUGCUCUAGCUCUGUUAGUUUCUUACUUGGUCUCCAUAUUGAUCGGGGAUAAGUCUUCAUUUUUUUGGGCCUGGUUUCCAAUUGGAGCAUGUGGAAUUCGUACAGUCCUUCUCUUUAUCUCGUCUCUGGCGGUCUUCGUCCUUCGUGUUGGUCAGAUGCAUAUUGGCUCAAGAACCACUGCAUCUCCGAUCGCUACAUUCAAAUUCCUUGUUCCGCUUCACAUCAUCCAGACAUUUGGCUGGUAUAUCUUUUCGGCAUGGUGGUUCAGCGAAAUAUACAAAUGGUCUUCUCCGGUCAGCGCGCAUAUGGAAUGGGUAAAACGGGUCAAACCCCAUGAACGAGCGAACUUGAACGAGAGGCCGAUUUAUGUCUAUACCUGCCAUCUCCUCCUGGCGAUCGCACAAUCUGUGGCUCACCUUUACUACGAUUAUGACCGCGUCCCUAUCCCUGUCGCGAAACCAACCCCCGGGGCUACAGACCAGCGAACGCACCCGAUAAACUCGGUUUCAAAACGCAUCCAAGCAGCACUACCAAAACUCAUGAGGGAUGGGCUGGUAAGGAGCACGUCGGUGGCACUGUUCUGCCCUGUGGCGUACACUUUCUUCCUCAGACGCCCAGCAUGGAGCUACACCAUGUACUUCGCCAAACUGUUCUGGGAUUUCCCUCGGUCUGCCGCCGAUCCGCCUGGCCUAAUUCCUCCAAUUAACCCACUGCUCAUCGCGCGUACUGUGGUUUCAGGAGGAUUCCUUGUUCUGUGUUGGCAAACUACAAAUUUAUUCUUCUCGAUUUUCAUCAGCAAGGAGCCUCUCAAGCGGGGACAGCCUUUGACCGCAGAAGCCAAAGAUCCCAACGGCAGCCUGUUGAACGGAUUGAAGGCAAAGAAGGAAACUGUCCGAGCAUUUGCAUUCUGGGAACUUUGCUUCAUCAGCCAGCAAUUCCCUGAUCGACGAAAGGCGAUUUUUAAUGAUAUCGACCGUGAAGGUGGAUCUGCCUGGUCUCAGGUCCUCCAGUCUUCCACCGAGAUCAUUAAGGGCAUCUCUACUCGGAUCAACCCCCCCUUAGCAGGCCCCAAACCUUCUCCGGUUGAGAAAGCCCAACCGGUUCUACAUACGCUGCCCCGACUAACCGACCCUCCAAAGGAGGGCAACAUCUUCGCCGCCUCGCCCAAGCCUACCUCCCGCCAGCAAAAGCUCAGUGAAGCCGUUAGCUCAGCAGUGAAAUCCUACGGCAACUCUCCAGACUGGACACCCGCCGCGCGCGCCCACGCCCGCGAUGUCUUCGACCGCGCCUCCUCCGCCGUCCUUAGUCCCGAACGCAAACGGAAGCUCCUCGCGUCCUCCCAAGAGCUUAAAAUGCUUACUGCCCCUUCAACCAGCAAACCCGAGAACAUCCACCCGCUCCUCGCCCAACUCCUCCGCUCCCCCGUUGGCCUUUUUAUCCGCCAAACCUACGCCCGCCGGCUGUCCAGCGUUGUGCUCGGCACCCCCCACGCAAACCUCUGCUCCACCAUCGACGCAAUUGAGUCCCUCACCCGCCUCCUCGUCGCAAGUCUCCAAGAAGACCAAUACGGCAAGGUCCAAGCGGACGUCCCCGGUGUCGUCCGCCUCUUUACAGAAACAGUCAUGACGCUUGAACAGUACGCCCACGCUGGUCUCAGUAUCCACUGGACAGACGUGAACUUUCCUCCGUCCAGCAACCCAGCCGCACAAGCUGAGGCACGGCGCGUACCCGACGUCGAGCUUGUCAUUGACACGCUCCGAGCUUCUCUCGCGAGCCUCUUGUCUGCAUUCAACCUUUACCUCAAGGAUAUCGGUCUCGUAGGGAAGGAUCUGCGCCUUGCAAGAGAGGCAGCAGGUGUAAUUGAAGAAGUGAUGUGAUUUAAGCAGGAUUUUCUUUUUUUUUUUCCAACUCCAGACCGCUUGAGACUACCCUAUCUGUUGAAAAGUUACGAAAUGAUUCUAGAGCCUCAUCCCCCUUACUACCCACCCUACUACUUACUUACUGCAUUAUUCUGGCGUUGCUUUGUCUGUCCCUGUCCCUGUCUCGAUCUCUUACGAAUCAAUCAAUCAAUCAAUCAAUCAAUCAACAACAGAAGAAACGAAAACACUUCAUAAACAAAGUGAACCCGUUCAAAUAUAUUCCUG